GAAAAAAUGGCUUCUUUUUCAGAGGACGAUCUGUGCUGUUCUGUCUGCCAUGACAUCUUCAAACAUCCUGUGAUUCUGUCAUGUAGCCACAGCUUCUGUAAAGCCUGUCUGCAGAGCUGGUGGACAGAGAAACAGACCCAGGAGUGUCCAGUCUGUAAAAGCCCUUCAAAGUUUGAACCUCCUUGUAACUUGGUGUUAAAGAACCUGUGUGAGGCCUUCUUACUGCAGAGAGUUCAGAGAGCUUCAUCAGACUCUGAGGCUCUCUGCAGUCUGCACUCUGAGAAACUCAGACUGUUCUGUCUGGAUCAUCAGCAGCCAGCGUGUCUUGUCUGCAGAGACUCUAAAAAACACACCAACCACACAUUCAGACCUAUCGAUGAAGCUGCUCCAGAUCUCAGGGACCAGCUCCAGGAAUCCCUGAAACCCUUAGAGGAGAAACUGCAGCGGUUUAAAAAAGUCAAACAAGACUGGAAUAAAACAGGAAAACACAUCAAGGCCCAGACUGCAGACACAGAGAGGAAAAUAAAGAAGCAGUUUAUGAAGCUUCACCAAUUUCUAGAAGAGGAAGAGGAGACCAGAAUCUCUGCACUGAGGGAGGAAGAGGAGCAGAAGAGUCAGAAGAUGAAGAAGGAGAUGGAGGUUGUGAGCAGAGAGAUAGCAGCUCUUUCAGACACAGUCAGAGCCACAGAGGAGGAGCUGAGAGCUGCAGACGUCUCAUUCCUGAAAAACUACAAGGCUGCAGUGGAAAGAGUCCAGCAGGGCCCCCUGCUGGAGGAUCCACAGCUGCCCUCAGGAGCUCUGAUAGAUGUGGCUAAACACCUGGGCAACUUGAGCUUCAACAUCUGGAACAAGGUAAAGGACAUUGUCUCCUACAGUCCUGUGAUUCUGGACCCAAACACUGCUGGUUCAGAACUCAUCCUGUCUGAAGAUCUGACCUGUGUGAGAGAAGAAGAGGUGAUACAGCAGCUUCCUGAUAAUCCAGAGAGGAUUCAUUACAGCUGUUCUGUCCUGGGCUCUGAGGGCUUUAACUCAGGGACUCACAGCUGGGACGUCGAGGUUGGACAGAGCAUGUGGUGGGAAGUGGGUGUGUGUGAGGAGACUGCAGACAGGAAGAGAAACAUUCACUCUGGAUUAUGGAGCAUAAGGUUUCUUAAUGAUGAAUACAGAGCAUUCACCCUAUCAGGUGAGGGUGUUGGUCUGUCAGUGAGAGGACGUCCUCAGAGGAUCAGAGUUCAUCUGGACUGGAACAGAGGAAAGCUGUCAUUCUCUGAUCUUGACACCAACACACACAUACACACCUUCACACACACUUUCACUCACAAGAUGUUUCCAUACGUUUAUAUUAAUCAACAUCUUCUGAAGAUAUUACCAGUGAAGGUCUCUGUAUCAGUGAAACAGAGAAGGUAG